AUGGCCGGACACAGGCUCUCAAAUUUCCCUGUGCCGGGAAGUGGUGGGGACGGGCCCGGAGGGCCAGUGCCGGUGCAGGUGGACACUCCGAUCUGGUUGAGCGCCCAGGCAGCUCCCGGCAGGCGGAUGGUCCUGCCGGGGGUCCGGCCGGGGAUGUGUCCAGGCCCUGAAGUGUGGGGGCUGCCCUCAGGUCCCCCGCCGUACGAAUUCCGGGGCGGGAUGGUGUCUUGUGGGCCCCGGGUCGGAGCUGGCGAGGUGGGCGCCUGGUUCCCGAGCCCCUCUGAGGGCGCCUUCCCCGGGCCCUACAUCGUCCUGCAGUGCAUCCCGACCAAGCUGGCGCUGCCAGAAGACGUCUCAGCCAUAGAGAAAGAGGUGGAGCAGCUGGCCAAGGAGCUGAGGCGGAAGAGGAUGACCCUGGGGUACUCGCAGGCCGACGUGGGCUUCGCCCUGGGGGCUCUUUUUGGAAAGGUUCUUAGCCAGACGACCAUCUGCCGCUUCGAGGCCCAGCAGCUGAGCCUCGCCAACAUGUGGAAGCUGCGACCGCUGCUGAAAAUGUGGCUGGAGCAAGUGGACACCGAGAACCGUCGGGGCUUAUGCAAAAUGGAGAUGAUCCUGCAGCAGGCUCGGAAGUGCAGACGGGCAUGCAGGGAGAGACGCAUCGGAAACAACCUGGAGAAACUCUUCCUGCAGUGCCCGAAGCCCACACCCCAGCAGAUCAGCUGCAUCGCCGGGCGGCUCGGGCUGCAGAAGGACUUGGUCCGAGUUUGGUUCUAUAACCGGAGCAAGAUGGGCGGUCGGCCAAGCAAUGAUUUCUCCCCACUGGCGGAGGUGGGGGCUGUCGGGCCUCCUUUCCCAGGGGGACCGGUGUGCUUUCCCCUGACAUCGGGGCUCCAGUUUUGUUCUCCCCACUCUGGGGGACCCUACUUUACACCUUUGUACCCCUCAGCCCCUUUCCCUGCAGGAGGAACCCUCCUCUCUGCCCCAGCCACCACCCUGAGUCCUCCCAGCCUUUCCAGCUGA